CACAGCACGUUAGAGGAGGAGGGAGAGGUGGGAAGGUAGAGGUAGGCAGAGAGAUGCAGUGCCACAGCGAGCCUUUCUGCCAGGCAGCAGCUCCUCAUCCUCUCGCCAGGGACCAGGUUGUGUUUCGGAGCUGCGAUCCCCAGAUUUGCUGCAGGAGCUGGCAAUGCAGAUAAGAGUUCACCUUGAGCUGGAGUCCAAGUGUGCCACUCUGGGACAACUGGGAUUACAACAAACACUUGAUCCUCCGAGCAAGGACCAGUGAGAUUAAAUCAGCUCUUCCAAAACGCAGAGGUCUUCGGGGCGUUUGACUUUUGGAUUUCUGGUUCAGACUGACAACAGGAGGUCUGACAAAGGACUGUCAAUCAAGAGGGCGCGAUUUCAAACAGGUUCUCAUUUUUCCAGAGACCUGUUGGCAGUCUCUCCACUAAAAACCCACGCUGGAACCACGCAAAGCUACAUCCAGGCAGGUCCUGCAGCCAGGGAACCCUGGAGCUGGUCUGACCUUGGAUCGGCUGUCACCUGAACCCCUGCUGCCCCCGGCAGAAGCCUCAGGCAUGUCUCAGACAUCAGGACGGUUCCACAACAAAAAGGCCGGUAUCCGGGCGGCCGUCAUCCUGAUUGGACUCCUGCACAAGUCCCGCAAAGCUAAGGAGAAGGAGCGGGAGAAAGAGGAGAGCGAAGGGAAACAAGAGCUGCUGAACAUUUCCAACGUCCCUCUGGGAGAAUGCCCCCCCUCGCCGCCCCGCACCGCACCACCCAGCAUGAAGUCUGCGGAGUUCUUCGAUAUGCUGGAAAGGAUGCAGGUCCCUAAAGCUGAAGAGACCAAAAAAUGGAAGGAUGACUAUAUUCCCUACCCACGGAUAGAAGAUGUGUUGGAGAAAGGCGGCCCGUACCCCCAGGUAAUCCUGCCGCAGUUCGGGGGUUACUGGAUUGAAGACGUGGAGGCACCAGCUGGAACGCCGUCCUCCUCGGAGUCCAGCUUCUGUGAGGAGGAGGACGGAGGAGAGGGCAUGAGCCCCGGCGGGGGGCACAGCUACCGCCUGGAGUGCAACAGCACGGCCCGGGCCUACCGUAAACACUUCCUGGGCAAGGAGCACAUGAACUACUACUGCACUGGCAGCAGCAUAGGAAACCUCAUCAUGUCUCUGAAACACGAGGACGCUGAGGGACAGGAGUUCCUGCGCAUCAUGCUCAGAUCGAGGACCAAAACAGUUCACGACAGGAUCUCUUUAGCGGGCAUCAACCAGCUGCCCAGCGUGCCUCAGAUCGCCAAGCUUCUGUGCGACGACGCCACGGGGCUGAAGUUCAACCCGGUCCUGUACCCUCGGGGGUCCCAGUUGAUAGUGGCGUACGACGAACACGAAGUGAACAACACGUUCAAAUUUGGCGUCAUUUAUCAAAAGUUUGGACAGACGUCGGAGGAGGAGCUGUUUGGGAACAACGAGGAGACGCCGGCCUUUAAGGAGUUUCUCGCUCUCUUAGGGGACAACAUUGAACUUCAGGAUUUUAAAGGGUUUCGCGGUGGCCUCGAUGUCUCCCAUGGACAGACGGGGUCCGAGUCCAUCUACACAACCUUCAGACAGAGAGAGAUCAUGUUCCACGUAUCAACGAAGCUUCCCUUCACAGAGGGCGACGUCCAGCAGCUCCAAAGGAAAAGGCACAUAGGCAACGACAUCGUGGCUGCAGUCUUCCAGGAAGAACCCACGCCGUUUGUUCCAGACAUGAUCGCUUCGAACUUUCUGCACGCUUAUGUGCUGGUGCAGGUGGAGAGCCCCUGUACAGAGCACACCACAUACAAGGUGUCUGUUACAGCGAGGGAGGACGUACCUCCGUUUGGACCCCCUCUUCCAAACCCGGCAGUCUUCAAGAAGGGGCCUGAGUUUCGAGACUUCCUGCUGACAAAGCUGAUCAAUGCUGAAAACGCCUGCUACAAGUCUGACAAAUUCGCCAAACUCGAGGGGCGGACUCGAGCCGCGCUGCUGGACAACCUGCACGACGAGCUGCACAGGCAGAGCCAGGCCACGCUGGGCCUGGGCCAGGUGGGAGAGGAGGACAAGCUGGAGAACGGCGGACACGGGGGCCUGCUCGAGUCCUUCAAGAGAGCCAUGCGUGUCAGGAGCCACUCCAUGGAGACCAUGGUGGGGUCUCACCGCCACAGGAGCCCCGGGGUGGGAGGUGGGGUCCCAGCCAGCCUCAGUGGGGGAGGACUGCCCCAGAGCACCAGCGAAUGCACAAAGAGCACCUUCUCUCCUCCUGCGCUGUCAGCCAAGUCUCCUCUGAAGAGUCCGGUGAAACGGCGCUCGGGCCUCUUCCCACGUCUCCACUCCAGCACAGAAACCCCGUCAGACAAACAGACACGCGGUGACCAGAAGCUCACAGAGCUCUGCUCGCUGUCCCAGGAGGUGAGAUCAGAGACGUCGUCCAACCCCAGCUCGCCUGAAAUCUGCCCCAACAAGGAGAGACCAUUUGCUAAGAUGAAGGAGUGCAGCAGCAACAGGCCCAACAUCUCUCGUUCUUCAUCGAGCACCAGCAGCUUCAGCAGCACCACGGGAGAAACAGAAGCUCUGGAGGAACUAGAAACAGCCAGCCAUCAGUGUGUGGCCUCCUCCUCGGCGUUCAGCUCCGCCCUCAGCGUUGACAGCCAGGUCUCCGGGACCCCCGUCAUCAUGUGCCGCAGCCCCACAGAUGGGAAAAAUAAGACGUCACCAAGGUCAAACUUGAAGUUCCGCUUUGACAAAAUGAGCCACUCGUCCGCGACUCCCGAGUAGCGUUGAGGGACGGGAAAACGCGGAUUUGCACAAUGAUGGGAAAACGUGGGCCGAAGAAGCUGCCAAAAAAAAAAAAACACCCCCGAAAAUCACAACAACCACUGGUAGAACCACUUCCUAAGCCAAGGAUAACUUGACAAGGUUACCAACUGCACCAGAGUCAGAGUCCCCACACAUACUGUAAACCCA